CUGUUGCGCCAAUAGUGAAUAUUAUGCAGGAAAAUCCUCCUUCUGUGAAAGACAUAGUGAAGGUUCUGUACGGAGGGAAAAGGUUUGGCAAUCAUGUGGAUGAAGUUUGGCCUAAUCUCUUCAUUGGUGACAUGUCAGUGGCCAAUGAUCGCUACCGGCUGUGGAAGCUGGGAAUCACUCAUGUCCUGAACGCAGCCCACGGGAGGAUGCACUGUCAGGGGAGUCACGACUUCUAUGGCUCCACUGUGGAUUAUUAUGGCGUGCCUGCAGAUGACUCGCCGACCUUUGACCUCUCUCGCUAUUUCUUUCCCUCUGCUGAGUAUAUCCAGAAUGCACUCGACACAGCUGGUGGCCGGGUUCUUGUCCACUGUGCAGUCGGGGUGAGCAGGUCCGCCUCCCUCGUCCUGGCCUACCUCAUGAUCCACCACCAUUAUACGCUAGUGGAAGCCAUCAGUCAGGUCAAAGAGUGCAGGUGGAUCUUCCCAAACACAGGAUUCCUCAAACAGCUUCGCGCUCUGGACAUAGAACUCCACAAGACAUCAUGAAUCCACUGCAAGAUUAUAUUAUAUAGUUUCACUCACAGAAGCACAAAAUGUUUCCCUACCCUGCAAGCAAGUGGAUUCAUUAUGUACUGACAGUUUGUUUGACUGUGCUGCUGUGUUUGAUGCAAGCUGCCUUUUCACAAGAGUGAAAAAAAAAGUAAAAAAAAAAGUAGUAUAAAUCAAUUCCAAGACGUGUUUGCAUUUUAAGGAAUAGUAAAUCCAUUGUCUGUGACACAAAGUUCAUUCACAUCAUUGUGUUAAUCAGAUGUUAUUUUUUUUAUUUUAAAAUUGUGUUUUUCUUCAAUGUGAAACUUAAAUAAGUGAAACUGU